AUGGACACCUCGGAAGUGUCCGGUCUGCAGACGGGUCAAACUGAUCUGCGACAGGGCUUAAGUUCGGCUUUAACAACAAUGGCUGAGUCAAUAUCAUCCACAACAUCGUCUUCAUGCCGUUUGGAUGACGGCAUGAACUCACAAUCGGAUUCAAUUGUAUGCCAAGGAUUUUAUGGUGAGCCAUCAUCAUCACAGCCAACGGAAGAAGAUAUUCAUGAAUAUGCCAAAACGAUUGGCAUUGACCCGGUAAAAGAGCCGCAUUUGCUUCAUUUGGCCAAGGAAGGUUUAAUGCGUCCGUUGCCUGCUAACUGGCAAUUGUGCUCUGCCGAUGAAAUUGGUGAUCCCUAUUAUUAUAACGUAAAAACGAAAAACACGCAACGCGAACAUCCUCUAAACGAAUACUAUCGUCAAUUGGUGAGACAGGAGCGGCAGCGGCAUAAUGAGUUUCCAUUGAAAAUGGCCACAAUGGAUACAACAAAUGGCAAAAUGAAUGAGGAUGGGGGGAUGGUGUCUGGGAUGGGACCAUUAACGCCAAGCGGUUCUAAGGUGGAUGUCUUUGGUCGAAAUGUACCGAGCAGAAAUAGUGUCAAGGCCAAGGCUUCAAUGUGGAAUCAGACCUUUGAUGAGGUUUACAAUAAGGUCAUACAUCAAGAGAAGUUGAGACAUGAGCAGCAUCAGAUUAAAAAGCCUGUCAUACCGAAGAAACCAAAUGAAAAUGGUGAACCUGUUACGGAGGAAGCAACCGAUGCCCUGGAAACAAUGCACGAUGAAGAAAAUUCCGAGGAAAGGAAAACUACAAAGGAAGGUGGGGAGAAUGUAGAGGAUGCUGCUGCGAAUCAUGAACACGACGAAAAGGUACAAAACAAUUCCGAAUCAUCUUCGACUUCUUCUGGGCCAUCGCUAAAUUCCACCGGAGCCAUACCCAAGCUUUACGGCAGCUUGGCAUCUGGUUCCACAACCAAUGGUAAUUUUAGUGGCAAUGUUAAUCGCUUCCUGGAGACCCGUUCGAAAAACUUUCCCACAAAUUUUAAAGCUCAAACCCGUAAGGGUUUCAAUAUUAAGGCUGGCAAUGAAAAAUAUCCCAUACCCAAUGCCAAGGAGAAGGAUUCCGACAAUGAGCUGCUGAGCGAGAGUUUGACGGAGAGAAAAGGUUUCACCUUGUCCGGUACGGGAUCAAUGUUUUUGAAAUCACGUCGCCAUUUUGGUAUUACUUCCACUGAGCCGCCGUUGAACUACAAAGUGGUGGUAGAGGGUGAGGUGGGUACUCCGCCGGGGUACAAGAGUAUUUUACGUGAAACGGGUUUGGAAGAGGUUAAACGCCGUUGGCAACGCGAAUUUGCCAAGAGUGAUUUGCGCGCCAUUUCCGACACCGAUGUGGACGAUAAGAAAAAUGUUCGCUUCAAUUUGGAGGAUGCAAAGAUACCCAGUUCCAGCGAGGAAGAAUUAAAUGCAGAAAUGUCCUCCGAAUCGGAGGACGAUGGUGUGGAUGAUGUUGAAGAUCCCUGGGGCGAUGAGGAGUUGGAUGAAUUUGAAGAUUUGGAACAUGACGAUGAUGUGGAAGAGGUAAAUGCAUGUGUGGGUAUUGGUACUCUGCCCAUGGAGGCAGUUUCCUAUCAACGUAGCCUAAAUCCAUUCCUGAUGGGCGAUGAGCGGCAGAUGAAGGACCUAAAAGUUACAGCGGUUAGUAAAACUCAAACAAUUCAAAUGCUUAAAGCUCAAAGUUUUUCUAUACACAUGAAGGCAAAGGAUGCGGCUGAGGCAGCCAACGCCUCGGAGGAAAAGGCCAAUCAGGAGUCGGCUGUGCAAUAUUUGGAUAAAUUGAAAGAGAAUGCCGCGGUGAAGCCGUUGUACGAGGACACCGAUUCCGAUUCGAAAGGUAGUUCCGAACAUAGUAUUGUAACCACUAAACCGGAAGUAAUUAAUAUGGCCCACAGCCCAUCCAAUAAUCCCUUUGAAAUGGAUGAAGAACUGGUGGAGCAGGUGGCAGAGGCCGAGCGACAAGUUCCCAUCAUACAGCCAAGUGAAAAACCAGCUGUCAGAUCUUUUAAAGUGGCCUCCAAGUUGGUGGGUUUCCUAAGGAAAGAUGUCGACAAGCCGGACUCGAGCAAAGAUAAGGAAUCCGAUGACAAUUCCUUUGAAAUGGAUAAGGACAGGGCGACCAUGGAGACUUUGGAAAAAGAGAAACAACAACGCCUGAAGGAGGAACGUGAAAAAAUGGAAAGUGAAUUGCAACAGGAAAUUGCCCAAAUCAAAAAGGAUCACGAACAAAAGUUACGCAACAUACGACAGGAAUACGAUUUACGUUUGAAUUCCUAUCGCCAGGAAACCGAGGAGGCACUGAAAUUGGAAAUGUCCGAAUAUUGCCAUCAAAUGCAAGAGGAAUACGAUUUGAAACGCAAGGCUGUGGUGGAUGAACAUAAAUCGCAAAUGGCCACGGUGCAAAAGAACCAUGCCGAACUUCUGGAGGAGCUGGAACGUGACCUAAAGAGUGAAGAGGAAAUGAUCAAGAAGGAACAUGCUACAAAGUUGCAGCAAAUGAAAGAUAAACUCAACGAUGAAUUGGAAGCCGAACGUCAACGAAUGAAGGAGUCGGGCGAGGAGAGGCUGUACGAAAAGGUGCGCUGUGAGAAACGUUUGCUGGAGGAUAAAUACCGAUGCCUGAAAGAGAAAUAUGCACGUCUCAAAACGGAAGUUAAGCUCUCGGUGGAGCGUAGAAAUCGUCGGCGUGAAGCCCAAGCUUUGCAACAGAAGAAUAUGCAUACCACAACCACUGGAUCGGAAACGGAACGUUCAACAUCUCAUAGACCCACAGCGACAGUUAACACAGAACAUCGUUCCUCAGCAAUGGCAGGGCAAAGUGGUGGUGGCAGCCAGGCUCCCAACAAGCCACCCAUACCAACAAAAACCCAUUUAGCGGCGGCGGCCAAUAAGGAUCCUCCCUCAACCACGCUAACGGAACGCAGCGGCGAGAGGGUAUCAACGUCAAGUUCUCGACGACCAGGAGCAUCGCCUAAAUAUGCCCGUCAUUUGCGGGUACAGGAUGAUACCACCUCCGUCAGUCAAUCGGAUACUACCAUCUCCAAUAACUAUCCCAAGGGUAGAUAUUUAUUGGCUCCCACAUCGGCUCUAAGCGAUAAUGGCAACUCGGACUCGGAGGCGUUUGCCAGCAAUGUUGAAAAUAACAACAAUUCGCGCCGAGGCAGUGGUGCUGGACCACCACCACAGCGCAAAAAACAAUUUACCCGACUCAAAUCGGCUUCCACGUCGCGUCUCAACACCGACAAUGCCAAAAACGAGCGACCCUGUACGCCCGUCGAAAAUCUACGACAUCAACUGCAAAAACUUGAAGAUCUCGAAGAUCAGCUACCCGACAAUGCCCUGGAGACCACAUACCAUCUACGCUAUCCCUUCUCGGACAUAUCGAAUGCCGAUUAUGCGGCCGGCUCCAGUUCGGAGCUGGAGUUCUUCAAGCAUCGCAUACAUUUGGAACGGGAUUCGGUACACCGAGCUAAGGAGUCAUUGCGUUCGCAAAGAACUACCUUUAGAGCUAGACAGCGAGAAAUCAAGCAAAGGCACAACAAUCAGGCCACCCGACACAGUCUGGAACAAUUGAUACAGGAAGAGAAAGACCUCACCGAAAUGGAGGUGACACUGCACAGGACACGUGCCUUGUUGGGCGAGAAGGUGAUACGUCUGCGUCACCUGGAACAGAGUGUCAUGCGUAUUUGCGACAAAGCCGGCAACAAGGCAUCGCUGGACUUGUUGAGUGUUGAGCCGACAAAAGAGGAUGCAACUUUGAGUGAUUUGUCGUCUCAGUCUAGCUCCGGUUUUAGUAGUACCGAUUUGGCCAGUGGUGAUACGCAGAAUUUGAAUAAGCGUCGAGAAUAUCACAAUCUGGAAUCGAAUGAGUGUAUAAAGAAUUUGGAAAUAUUGAAUUCGGAAAUAAGAGAGAUAUUGGAUCUGUUGGGUAGGGGUGGACAGCAGGCAGGUUUAAACAUACCCAUGAUACCGCCAGCAGAGUUAAAUUGGUCACAUAUGAUGGGUUCAGCUGGCGCAGCCAUAAGUCCAACACCAGAUCGCCGUGAAACUUUGCGGCAACUGAGUUCCGGCAAUACCUCAACCAUUGAUCGUCUUCAAAAUUCCAUUAUGGCCGCCAAAACCAUUGCCUCUCAAAAUCCCAAGGCCAUAAAUUACACCAACAGCCUGGUAGAGAGGACCCGGGACAUACGCAAUUGGUUGAAACAGGCCAAGAAUGAACACGAGCUGGCCAGUCCCAAAUCAUUGGGUAUCACCAGUCCCCUGCAGGCUAGCGGCCAAUUGACACCGAAUAAUGCUUCGGGUAGUGAGGGAGGUAUUAGUCCUGUGGGAGCUGCCGGUUCAUCGCAAGCAAAUCCAUAA